GGGCGCGCGGGGGGGGGAGAGAAAGCUACCUCCGAUCAAGCUACACGGGAGAGUGGAGAGUCCCUGUCGAUGAGCCAUGGGUUUCCGCAAGAAGAACAAGAGCCCGCCGGUGCUCAGCCACGAGUUUGUGAUCCAAAAUCACGCCGAUAUGGUGUCGUGCUUGGCCAUGAUUAUCCUUCUCGGCCUGAUGUUUGAGGUCACGGCAAAGUUUGCCAUCAUGUUCAUCACGGUCCAGUACAACGUCACACAAGUUCUUGAUGAGAAGACUGAGCCCGUGAACCUUUACCAAUACGGCCCUAAAGAUAUGGCCACUGUUUUUUUCUACCUGCUCAUUGCAGUCAUCCUUCAUGCGUUAAUACAGGAGUACAUACUGGACAAAAUGAACAGGAGGUUACACCUGUCAAAAACCAAACACAGCAAGUUCAACGAGUCCGGACAGCUGGCGGCGUUCUACCUGUUCUCCUUCAUCUGGGGCUGCAGCAUCCUCACAGCGGAGGACUUUGCUACGAAUCCUACCUUCUUAUGGGAGGGUUACCCACACACUUACAUGGUUUUUCAGGUCAAGUUCUUCUACAUUUGCCAAAUCGCCUAUUGGCUUCACGCACUCCCCGAGCUGUACUUUCAAAAAGUACGAAAGGAAUCAGCUGAGGACUGUUCCGAUGUCAAGUCAAGUCGAGUCAACUUUAUUCAUAUAGCACAUUUAAAAACAACCAAGGUUGACCAAAGUGCUUUACAGAGUAAAAAGGAGGACAUCCCCCGCCAGCUCUAUUACAUUUGCCUUUAUGUUGUUCACAUCACUGGUGCCUACGUCCUAAACCUCCACCGACUGGGCCUGGUUCUUCUGGUCCCUCACUACCUGGUGGAACUCCUGUUCCACGCCUCGCGCCUCUUCUACUUCAGUGACGAGAACAAACAGAAGGGUUUUACUCUUUGGGCGCUGCUUUUUGUCAUAGCCCGCCUCCUCACGCUCACACUCUCAGUUCUGACGUUUGGCUUCGGGCUUCCCCGUACAGAAAACCAAGGAUUUUCUCUAGCAGAAGGAAACUUCAAUGUACUCACCAUAAGGAUGACUUGUCUGGCAGCCAUCUGCCUGACGCAGGCCUGGAUGAUGUGGAAAUUCAUUAACUUCCAGUUGAAAAAGUGGAGAGAGCACAGCCAGAACCAGGCGUCAAAGAAGAAGGUAGUGAGUCCAAAGAGCAGACCUCACAAACGAGAGCCUACAAGGGGAGGUGCUACCAAUGGGAUUGUGAAGUCUGAGGACAAAACAUCGCCGCGGGCAAGAAAAGCCAAAGCCUCGUAGAGAUUGAAGAAUUUGGAGGAGGAAGGGGAAGGAGGAAAAAAAAAAAAACUGAGUGAGGGAGUUCUGACAAUGUGACAUUAUGUCUUCACACAACUUCAGAUUCUGUGUACUGCUCUCUAAUGUUUCGGCGCACUAAGAAACCUUGCAUAACUGUCCCUACGCAGUUGAAGCUCCUUUUUUCGAGAAAAGGUUCAGUGUGACUGUCGGCAGAAAUGUUAAGUAUUGGUUUGGGUUUUUUUUUUCUUCUGCAGAUGGGACGAGGGCAGGACAGAGGUGGUUUUGAUGCUUUAACAGGAUUGAUUUAGCUCUUCAAAGUGUCCUUUUGUGUUAAACUGGCUGGGUACUUUGAACUGAGUUGUCCUUUGGGUCAUUUGAAAUGGAUCAGUUCACCUUAACAGUACUGUAAAAAAUGCGGAUUUUUUACUUCAGGGCAACUUCAUCUAAAGUGUGAAAGUACAGUUUAACUGUGCGGGAUGUUGUUUAAAGUUUGAGACGGCACCACGAUACAUUACUGUUAUCACUAAACCAUCCGAAAUGAACUGCUCUCGAGAAAUAUGUCUGCUAUUCAGUAGAGGUAUUCAGUGUGGCUGCAGCCAGACAAGUGAAGCUCGUACUUAACUCCUUGAUCAUUUACUGCCAUCGUUUGACAGCCUCUGCCUUUGAAAUCCUAUGUGUUGCAGGAUUUAGGCCCUUUUUAGUGUUUUUCUUUUGCUUUCAUCACCGGCCUGGUUAUCAGCUUCAGCCUCUUACUGGGGCUCGUCCAGGUUCUUGGUGACUCGACAAGAGGAAGCUGUACUCUAACCUUUCUGAUGCUGUAGUGUAUGCACGCAGUUACAUCCUUAAUAACGGCAUGGCCAGAAAGCAGGAAGCUGUGUUUGAGACUGUCAUGAAUGGUCUUCUCUCCGGUAUCAGUCAAUGCAUGAUGGGUUCUAAGGCUGCAGACGUCAUAGCUAGCUCCUACCUGUGCUGUUGACUUUGCAUCUCUCUCUCUCUUACACACACACACACACACCGACAUGCAUUCAGUGGCCUUUUUCACAACUGCUGCAAGAAGUUUUGAGUUCUUUAACCUUUUUGCCGUAUACUUCAGAAAGAUAUUAUUUCCUAUGCUUUGAGACGCUAUAACCAGCAAACACAGCGGUACAUAGCAAGUGCGUUCAGUUAAUCCCGAAACAAUACAAUCUUUCUUCAAGUGUCCUUAUAACGUCGGUGGUUUGUAUCACUCGUUCUGCUUGUGUCGCGUUGUGUUGCCUUCUCUGCUGGUCUCUUAUUCUUGGGUAUCAGGGGUGAAGCUGUUCGCCACUUACCCUACAAGUAACGGCAUCCCAUGAUGCAGUGGGAGGCGUGUUUGCAAAGAGGGGUGUGUUUGUAUGCCUGUGCACUUAACUCGUGUGUGGACAGUAUUGUUUUGCCUACUUUGUAUGUGAAUUAACUGGGUGUGGAUGAUGAUGACACCGAUGACAACAAUGUUUAUUGCUUGUCUCGUAAAAAAGAAAUAUAUAUAUAUAUAUAUAUAUCGCCUGCGUGCAGAGCAUGAAAUGUGACAAUCUGUUUAUGAACUCCCGCCCGGUUUGUUUGAUUUCUCAGUUACUCCCUGUCUUUCAUUUCACUUUGGUACAGCUCGUUUCAGGUCCCACAGCACCUCUGUGUGUAAAACACUGUGGAUCGUGGAUCGCUGUGUGUUCUAUAGGUUACUAAAUGCUUAUGUGUUCAAUGUCUGGACGCCCCUCAGAUCACCUCUCCGCGUGAGAGAGAUUCUGUGGUCGCCCUGUCCUCCUUGCUUCACCUUUCCAAUGAUUCUGACAUUGACCCGAAGUUAGCCACGCACCCCUCUUUUUUUGAUCACGGACCAACUCCUGCUCUAACACUGAAUAGUGCAGGCGAAGCUAUGUGCAGAGAACGUGAAGUUCGGGGACUUUAAGACGAGAGCAGGGAGGAGACGGAGAUGCCAUGGUAACUUUUUGCUCCCUUCAGCGUUUUCUCCUUGUGACUUAAAGGUGGUCUUAAAAUCCCCGCGUGAGUGUCGGCAGUGUCAUGGGAGGAAAGGAGAAGCAGAGGACUUUUGUACCAGCCUGUUAUUAAACUGUCUCAGAUAUAAAUGAGGAAAAAAAAAUGAACUUAACCCUACACUGUAAUACAAUAUGUGUCAGAUUUUUAAGCUAUUUUUAUAGAGGGGGAAAAUUCACUGUUGUUCAGUACACACGUGUGAAGAUUUGUUUUGCAUCCAUAUUGAUAGGAAUUGUUUUUUUUUAUAUGAGAAUGAAGCUUGCUGAACUGUUAGCUUGGGUAAUCAUUGUGGUAUGAGUGUAAAACAUUUACUUAGCCUAAUAGUUGAUUUAACUUCAUGGCCUUAUUAGAGCAAAAUGAACUCAGUUGUAUAACAGUGCUCACUGAACAGUGUGCUGCAGGCUUCCACUGCAGCUUUCACAACUACAUGUUUAAUGAUAGUGAAAUUACACCAUGGAACCCUCAUCAUCAUCAAAAGUUAAAUAUAAGAUCAGAGGAGAGGAGGAAAUGGUCAGUGUUGUGUUUAGUUUGUUCCAGUCCUGCAGGUGUUUUUUUUUUUUAAUUUUCAGUUUUUUGUCACGACCCUGCAUGUAGAGCAAACCAACUUUUAUUUUGCAGAGUGAAACAACCUGUGAGAUUUUCCUGCUCAUUCAGUCAGACGGCAGACGUUCAGGCUCUGACACACGAGCCGCCCCUGCAGUUCAUACCCCCCCUCUCGCUUAGAGACACAAUGGCCUGUAUAAUCCCACAAGAAUGCACUUUUUGUUUGCAUAAUAUGUAUUUAUGUCAGAGCAUCACAACACCGCUUCUCCACUCGGGCUCUCUCUAUACUUAACAUGGUUUACAAGUUUGAGUUACUCAAUUCAAAACUGUGCAAUUUGUCAUUGUUGGAAACGCAAAUAAGGACAUCAAUAAUUCAACUGUAUGAGCAGCCUCUAGUUGGCAACAAUUUUGCAUUUGACCAGAAGAUCUCUCAAAAAAAACAA